GCGGCAUCUCGGAACUCGGAAGACUAUUAACUUCAGUACUGGUUUCCCUUCCCCAACAUAACUUCAUCUAUACCCCAAAGCCACUCUAAUCUGAACUCACUCAAAAUGGGAACAAUCAGUGAGGCAGAGUGUGCCUUAGAACUCGAGGCCAUGAGCAAGGAAGACUCAUCAUGGCACCCUUGCCAGGUCUCUUUUAGCUCUGCUGAAGAUGGUCUUCUUAUAGAGUUUGGGAGCCAAGAGUUGGAGGAUAUGCUAUUGCAGGAUGAGGAAACUCUUACGUGUCUCCGCUUCCGUUCUACUCCUCUUCAAGGUGAUGACUGCACGCACAUUGAAGAAGGAGAGCAUGUUCUUGCCACCCAUAAAUCACAAUUUAAGAGCCGCUUCUAUGAUGCCAAGGUGGAAAAGGUAGUGAGAGUACGACACUCAAAGAAGAUUUAUUGUAGAUGCACUUUCACUAUCAAAUGGCUUCACCAAGAUCUGGAAGGAGAAGCCUUCACUGUCCCAUCUAAUUCAAUCAUGAAACUAGCAACUAAAAGCAUAAAUGACCAUCCUGCUGUUGCCGUUUUCUUGAAAUCAGUAAAACAGAUGCGCUCAUCCUGUGCAUCUCUUUUUCCGACUGUGCUCGAAGAAACUGAUGGUGAAAUGGACAUCAAUAAAUUGCUAGAAAAGCAGAUAGAAGAUAUCAGCAAUUCAGCCACUGAAUCCAAGGAGAAAAUGUCAAAAGACAUUUUAUUAGAGAUUAAAGUUGAUAACAAGGGACAUAUACAACCCAACACUGUUUCAGUAUGUGAAGUAAGCAUUUCACAUGCUCAAGCUCCUCAUGGUCAGAAUCAGUUGAAUAGGUCAACACAGAAUUCAAGUAAACUGCCAAUAGAUUUGCAAGUCAAGGAUCAACCAUCAGCUGCUGCUUCCAUCCAAGAAGAGCUUCCAGAAAACAGGUCCCAUCUCAGUCCUCUUGCUGCUCGUGCAGCUCUGGCCUCAUUAAUGUCAACUAAUCACAUGCGUAUUGCUCUGGAUGGGACUAAAAUGUUCAAUUCCUCUGGCUUAAUUGACAUGCCUAUGAAGGAUAAAGUUUCCUCAGAAAUAUUAGAUGCUUCCAUUCCUGUCACUUCAGCCUCUGACAAAGUGGGAAAUCCACUCAUCUCAACUGAAAGUAUGUCUCAACUAGUGGAUUUAUCUUCUGGAAUAACAACCAAGGUCAAUAAGAGUGGCAAAAAAGAAUCAGAACUCACUAAUUCUGAAGUGACUUUAAAAUGUUCAAAAAGAGAGAGGAAUGUUAGCCAGCCUACUAAAGCUGCUAGAAUAACUCGUUCAGCAGUUCAGAAAGUUACAGUAAUGCAAAAUGAGGGUUUUCAAAUAGAGACUUGUUCUGAAGAAAUGAAGUUAAUGGCUACAACCAACAAGAGAAGGCUUACUCGUUCUACAGUUAGUGAAGAAAAGAAAAACGUGGUUAUGGAGGUCAAACAAGUGUUGGAAGAGAAACAGACAAGUCAUAAUAGAGAGUCAUGUUCCCCUGAAGGAAGACUCUCUGUUCCUGAGAGCAAUGUUUCUAAAAAGAGCAGUGUUGUAUCAAAAAAGAAGAAAGCAAACUCUUCACUGCUUGAUGCUGAGAUUAAUAUCCCUGAUGAGGAAAGAAAUAAAAGGCAGAGUUCCUGUGAAGUCAAAACCACUCAGCAAAGUGAAGGCAAAGAUUCAGGCAAUAGUCAAGGCCAGAAGAGGAAGUCAACUUCUUCCAAGAAGCAAGAGCCGCCACGGUUUUCUCCCAGACUACGGUAUCUCCCUCGGACUCGCUCACAAGGCAAGCGUUAGCAGAUCCUUCAUCAGAAUAGUGCAAAAUAGAAGUUCCAGCAAUACAGCAAUAGCAGAACUGGUUAGUGGUAAUACUUGUCUUCUUUUGAUGCUGUCUUGCUUUACAUAUUCUCUAGUAAGAAAGGGAGGACCAGGAUAUUAUAUGGGACUUUGACAAGCUAGGCUUGUUUGUAUGGGGAUCAUGAAGAAUAUUUCCAUGAAGUGGAUGAUUGAGGUGAAUAUAUCAAGUAAAAUUUUAACA